AAUACAAGUCGUUGUUUCAAUUGUUUUUUUGAGGUGGCAAUUCACUCCUAAUGCUAUCUUAUUUUUUCUUGAUUUAGACGUGACGUUAUCUUUAAGUAAUUUUAAGUAUCUUAAUAACCCUUGGCAUUUCACGUUCGAAAUGAGAAAUGGUUAAUGAUGUCCACAUACCAAAAAUGGUGCCCCUUUUUCCUUCUACUUCUACAUUUGUUGGUGAUAGUUGUUGGAAUUAAAGAUUAUAAUUAUACAAGGCAUGAUUUCCCUCACAGCUUUGUUUUUGGUUCUGGAAGUGCUGCUUAUCAAGUUGAAGGGGCAGCAUUUGAAGAUGGAAAAACGCCUAGCAUUUGGGACACUUUUGCUCAUGCUGGUUUUCAUGAUGGAGCCACCGGAGACAUUGCUUGUGAUUCGUACCAUAAAUACAAGGAAGAUAUACAGCUCAUGGCGAACAUUGGCUUGGAAGCCUAUAGAUUUUCCAUUUCAUGGUCGAGGCUGAUUCCUAAUGGAAGAGGACCUGUCAACCCGAAGGGAUUACAAUAUUACAACAAUCUCAUUGAUGAACUCAUCAGCCAUGGGAUACAACCACAUGUCACAUUAUACCACUGUGACCUACCUCAGGCACUUGAAGAUGAAUAUAUGGGAUGGCUUAGCCGAAAGAUAGUGGAGGACUUCACAGCAUUUGUUGAUGUGUGCUUCAAGGAAUUUGGGGACAGAGUUUUGCAUUGGACUACCAUAAAUGAGGCAAACAUACUUGCCUUGGGUGGUUAUGAUCAAGGACUGAUACCUCCAAAGCGCUGUUCUGCACCGUUUGGAUUCAAUUGUACUGGUGGUAAUUCAUCAACGGAGGUUUACAUUGUAGGUCAUAAUAUGCUGCUUGCACAUUCUUCUGCAGCUAGACUAUACCAGAGGAAAUACAAGUACGUACAGCAGGGUUUCGUGGGAAUUAAUGUCUAUAGUCUGGCGUAUCUUCCUUACACAAACUCAGAGGCUGAUAUAAUUGCAGUGCAACGAGUCCUCGAUUUUUAUAUUGGUUGGUUUAUUAAGCCCCUGAUAUUUGGAGACUAUCCUCAAACAAUGAAGAAAAAUGUGGGGUCAAGACUUCCCACCUUCACCAAACGUGAUUCAGAGCUAGUUAAGGGUUCACUAGACUUCAUAGGUCUGAACCAUUAUGCUCAAGCAUACGUCAGGGACAGUCCCAGCUCUCUCCAAAAGGAUCUCAGGGACUUUAUACUGGACAUUGGAGUAGCAAUUUCAUUUGAAGGAUAUCUGCCAAAUGAGCCACCCCCAGGAGAGCUGCCAAUUAGACCGGCUGGACUUAGCGAUCUGUUGGAGCAUUUUAAACAAGUUUAUGGCAAUCCACCUAUCUAUGUUCAUGAAAAUGGUAAACAGACACCGCGCAAUGGGACACUGAAUGACACCAAACGUGUGGAACAUUUGCAUGCGUACAUUGGAGGUGUUCUUGAUGCUCUGAGGAAUGGAUCAAACACAAGAGGAUACUUUCAAUGGUCUUUCUUAGAUGGUUUGGAAAUAUUGAGUGGUCUUAAGACAUCCUAUGGACUCUUCUAUGUAGAUUUGGAUGACAAAGAAUUAACAAGAUACCCAAAGCUUUCUGCAUUCUGGUACUCCAAUUUCUUAAAGAGAAGAAGCACAGUUCUUGAAGUUGGGAACAAAAUAACCGAAACUAAUUAGUUUUUGUUAAGAAGCCAGGCUAUUCAUGAAGAAGAGGAAAGCUUUGAACUGGAGAGAAUUCUAUAACUUGGCAGUUUAUCAGAGAAGAGAGAAAGCAAUACUUUGCAUUGAUCAAAAAAUGAAUUGGUACAUAUAUGCAAGACUAAUAAAUUACCUAUUUAUUUACAUCAUUACUCAGCUAAUACUCUACUUAAACACUCCCGGCUGACGGUUAAGAAUGUUCUUUACUCAGCUAGUUUGAUAAGCAAAUGUUCGUGUUGUGUUCUUCUCA